CGUCUAUUUCGCUUCCUCUUCAAACUUUUCUUUUACUCAGUCUCUUCUACUUCCAGCAAAUCCGCACAUUAUCAGACCCUUUCAGAUCCAAAAAAAUGUCUCCCAUAUUGCUUCCAACAAUCUCCUCCUUCACCUUCUUCUUCUUCUUCCUCCUCCUCAUUCUUGUUCAACUCAUCGCCACUCUUCUUCUUCUUCGUCAUCUUCUUCUUCUCAAACGCAGCUCCAAUUGCUUUCUGGGUUUUUCCUUCUCUCGUCUGCCACUUUGGUUCCAAUCCUUGUUUUCUCCAAACAUGACCCUUAAGGGUGCCACUAACUCGGCCUGUGCUGCGUGCAAAUACCAAAGAAGAAAGUGCACCCCCGAGUGCCCUUUGGCCCCUUUUUUCCCAGCAGACCAACCCAAAAUGUUCCAAAACGCGCACAAGCUAUUUGGAGUUAGCAACAUCGUGAAAAUACUUAAAAACUUGGAGCCUGAAAUGAAGUUUGAGGCCAUGAGGUCCAUAAUUUACCAGGCCAAUAUUCGUGACAAGUUUCCGGUUUACGGCUGUUGGGAGGUGAUUUGGCAACUACAAUACCAACUUCUGCUGGCAGAGGAAGAGCUUCAAGCUGUUCAAGCCCAGCUUGCAAUGUACAGGCAACAUCACCACCACCAGCAUCAGAUUUCAUCUGUGCCUGAAUAUGUAACCUCACAAUUAGAACUGGGCAUGGCUCCACCUAAUAAUUCCCUCCCUCUUUUCAAUCACAACCCACAGCCUUACAAUAAUAAUAACAAUAAUGCCAUGCCUGCUUUGCCUGUAACACAACACCACCAUCAACAGCAGUCUUACUCUAACAGCAGUGAUGCUGCUUAUAGCUCUGUUUAUAUUGACUCUAAGGAUAACAAUGCGGCAAAUCCUUUGUGGGUUUCAAAUCCUUGUACCACUAACAACAACAGCAACAAUGACAAUUUAGAGACAAUUCAAUCCCAACUGGGAGUUCUUCAGCCACUCUCUCUCCAACCAGAUGUUGUUCAAGAUUAUGAUGAGCUGCAUCCCUUUUUCGACACCAUCGACGACAGACAGUCCUACAUUGAUUCCAAAGAGGCUUACGAGUCAAGCUCCGAAGAAUCAUUUAAGGACACAACACAAACGAUGGAGUAUGCGGAGAACGCAUUGAAGAAUGCUGCAUCAUGCUUUAGUCUUACCAGCGUCAACUGAUCAGUAAGCUUUAGAUGAAGUAUUUUAUUUUCUUCCAUCUUGAAUUGAUAAUUC